AUGAAGCAGAUUAUUAUCAUAGGAGGCUCAUAUGCAGGCUUGUCCGCAUUGAAGGCCUUGGUCGGGAAGUUAUCUCCCUCCCUCACCAGUGCCACAUCGGUGACCAUCACCUUGCUUGAACCCAAGACUGGUAUCAUCAAUUUGCUAGGGUUACCGAAAUCUAUCGUGGACAGUAGCUUUGCUGAUGACAUCUACUCCCCGUUGCAUCAGUACAACAUGAAGUUUGACAGUAUUCGAAUUGCAGACAAAGAAGACGGUCGAACUGACAUUACGGCAACCAAGUUAUCUUUAUCCAACCAGGAAACCCACAGUGAGUUUUUGACGGUCAAUUUCAUCCAGACCAAGUGCUCCAAAUUGACUGCCAAAGAGGCGCAUUACGUUGAUCCAGUGUCAAACCAACCCGCCAUUCUCAAGUUUGAUUACUGUGUGUUGGCGUCUGGAAGAGCCAGACCGGAUGUUCCAUUUGACCCAAUCUCCAAGGCUCACCAUAUCUGCAACAAAGAGGAUUUCCUCAAGCAACAAAGGCAGCAGCAAGACUUGAUCGAGAAAGCGAACACGGUUACAGUGAUUGGGGGCGGGGCGCUUGGUAUUGAAACAGCUGGCGAGUUGUUACAGCAGUACGGCAAGGUUAAAAAGAUUAGAUUGAUCCACCCGUACCCUCGCUUGUUGCCCGAACCAGUUCUCAAAAAUGACGAAUUCAGAGACAAAAUCCUCGAACAGCUUGUAAAAUUAGGAUGUGAGGUCUUGAUGGAACUGAGAGUUGUCGCUGAGAGGGCAAAUGGGAAUUUAAAGAUCCAGAGCCCAAAAGGGGAGUAUGAGAUCGAGAGUGAGUUGAACUAUUGGUGUCACUCUUAUGUCAACAACUUGGAGCCUCUCAGCAACAACCUCGAAUUAUUCGAAGACUGCUUGACGGGGAAAGAGCACCUCAAUCCAAAGAGGAGGUGCGCCAACGUGAAUGAGUUUCUUCAAUUGGCGCCAAUUUCGGACCCCAAAAACCUGUUUGAGAAAAUUUAUGCGGUGGGAGACCUUGUGGCGUUGCCGAUUCUAAAAACAUCGGGGGGUGCCGUUUACAUGGGUGGUCUUGCGGCCGGCAACAUUGCCAUGCAGAUAUUGGGCAAUAGUGAAGACCUUACGGAAUUUCCGUUGAGUCAGUGGCCACCAAAUAUGGCAGUGGUGGUGGGAACCAAGGUGACCCUCCAGGUGGUUGAUGGGGUUGUCGUUGUUAACGAUAAGAGUUUGUUGGCGAUGUAUGCAGACUACUGUACAUCAAGGUUUGGCCAGACCAUCAAUAUUGAGUUUGGAUCGAAGAGAGUCUGA